AUGAACAUCCCCGACGGCAUCCCCACCAAGUUGGACGCCGAGGAGACCGACAACGUCCGGCUCUUCCGCGACGCCACCCCCUCCGUCGCGUUCAUCACCAACAAGCAGCUCAUCCAGUCGAGGUAUUCGCUCGACGCGACGGAGGUGCCCGUCGGCGCCGGGACCGGGUUCGUGUGGGACGACAAGGGGCACGUGGUGACCAACUUCCACGUGGUGAAGGGGGCGAACCAGCUCGCGGUGACGUUCCAGGGGGACUCGAAGACGUACGAGGCGAAGCUCUUGGGGUACGACGAGGACAAGGACGUGGCGGUGCUCAAGGUGGAUAAACCCGACACGAGGCCGAUUCCGCUCGGCAAGAGCUCCACGCUGCUGGUGGGGCAGAAGGUGUUCGCCAUCGGGAACCCGUUCGGGCUGGACCACACCCUGACCACCGGCAUCGUCAGCGGCCUGGGGCGCGAGCUUCCCAGCGGUAACACGGGGCGGCCCAUCCUCGGCGUCAUACAGACGGAUGCGGCAAUCAACCCUGGCAACUCGGGGGGACCGCUGCUGGACAGCCGCGGGCGGCUCAUCGGGGUCAACACCGCGAUAUACUCCCCCUCGGGCGCGUCCGCCGGGGUCGGGUUCGCGCUCCCGGUGGACAACGUCAAGGGCAUCGUCGAGCAGAUCAUACAGUUUGGCCGAGUCACCCGGCCGGUGCUCGGGCUGGUGCUCGCGCCGGACGGGGCGCUGCAGCAGCUCAUAGGCGAGAACGGGAGGAACGCGGGGGUGCUGGUGCUGGGGGUCCCGGAGGGUGGACCCGCGGCGAGGGCCGGGAUCGUCGGGACGAUCAGGGACACGCUGCGAGGGGACAUCACCCUGGGCGACAUCAUCGUUCGCUUCAACGAAACGGAGGUGAAGAACAGCUCCGACUUGUACAGGGCGCUGGACAUGGCGCAGGUUGGCCAGGACGUGAAGCUGACGGUGCGGAGAGGGGGCGCCGUGGUCACCGUGGACGUGAAGCUGGGGGAGAAGGUGACGAAAUUCGACGCUUGA